UCAUGAAAACCAGCCACCCUGACCCUGCAGCUCUGCACAGGAGCCCAGCCCUGGACUCCAGCUCAUCCCACUCAGUGGUCAGGACUCAACACAGGCUGCUCACCAUGGACUGUGUGCUCAGCUGGGUUUUCCUUGUGGCUGUUUUCAAAGGUGUGCAGUGUGAGGUGCAGCUGGUGGAGUCUGGGGGAGGCCUGGUGCAGCCUGGGGGGUCCCUGCGACUCUCCUGUGCAGCCUCUGGAUUCACCUUCAGUGACUACUGGAUGAGCUGGGUCCGCCAGGCUCCAGGGAAGGGACUGGAGUGGAUUGGAGAAAUUAACGAGGGUGGUGGUACAACAAAGUAUGCCAACUCUAUGAAGGGCCGAUUCACCAUCUCCAGAGACAACUCCAAGAACACGCUGUACCUGCAAAUGAGCAGCCUGAGAGCCGAGGACACGGCCACCUAUUACUGUGCCAGAGACACAGUGAGGGGACCUCAGUGUGAGCCCAGACACAAACCUCCCUGCAGGGUGCCCAGGGCCAGCAGGGGGCGCUCAGCACACAGGGAGCUCAGGGUCACCCAGGAGCAGGUGCAGAGGGGUGUGCAGUGUGAGGUGCAGCUGGUGGAGUCUGGGGGAGGCCUGGUACAGCCUGGAGGGACUCUGGGACUCUCCUGUGCAGCCUCUGGAUUCACCUUCAGUAACUACUGGAUGAGCUGGGUCCACCAGGCUCCAGGGAAGGGGCUGGAGUGGAUCUCAGACAUUAGUGGUAAUAGUGCUACCAUUAACUACGCGGACUCAGUGAAGGGCCAGUUCACCACCUCCAGGGAGAAAGUCAAGGACAUGCUGUACCUGCAAAUGAGCAGUCUGAGAACCAAGGACACUGACACCUGUUACUGUGCCAGAGACACACUCUGCUCCUCGAAAUUCCUGCCAGGGACCUGUGUCUAUGGUGAGACCCCCAGUACUGCAGGGUGA